UCAUGAGGACCGUCAGUGUAUGAGCGACAAGCUGCCAUCUCUGCUCGAUGAUGAUCAUCCUGCCUGCUCUGUUAAUUCUUUGGGGAGAAGCGGCUCAGUGCCUGGAGGAGGAUGGAAGAUUUAACUUAAAGGGAGACCUCCGUCACUUCGCCGUGGCCAAUGGCACGGUUUACAUCGCUACUGAGGAGAUGCUGUACCAACUAAACCACGACCUGACUCUGGUCCGGAGUCUGAGCCAGAGAGGAUUCUUGGCACACAUUCCUGGCGCAAAAGACCUGAAGUUAAACCGAUCUUCUGAUAAGGGGAACGUUACGUUCAGUGUCAACGUGUUAUUGCCGCAUGUUGCAGACGAAAAUGUGAUAGUUUGCGGUGUUAUUGAUAAGGGGUGCGGUUAUUGUGAACUGUUGGACUUCAAGAACAUUGCCAAUGUUCUGUACUGGGAAGAAAUCGAAGUAGGUUCUUUGUGGCGCAGCAGUGCGUCCGUGAGCCUCCUGGUGAGUGUGGAGACUCGGACCCGGGCAGAGACUUACAUUCUCACCGCCGUGCAGCAAUACAAGAAAGAGCCGACAAAGACAGGCUGCCCACCUUUGUCAGAUGCAGUGAACCUUUGUAACACGAAUAACAAUCAACCAGGACUAAUAUUUUCUAUUAAUAGCGAAGACAUAGAUCCUGCGAUCACACGGGAAGACGAUGUGGAGUUUGUGGAUGGAUUUCAGAUUAAUUCCAUCAUCUAUCUUUUCUCCAAUCUGCCCUCAAAAGACAGAAACAACAAAGUCCGUCUCCUUUGGCUUGAAGGCAAAGAAGGCAAAUAUCAGACUCUGAAGUCGCUCCGGGGCGCAACUCUCAGAGUCUCUGAUGGAGAGAAAGGACUCAGACUGAUCGCCUCCUCGGUGAUCCCGGGCGGUCCGCCGGUGCUCUGGUGCGGCGUGUUCAGUGUGGACGGAGGACAAACCAACACCGAACUGGUGCUGUUCGACAUCAGCCCUGAUCUCACCAGAGAGCAAGAUAUGGACCCGGACUUCUGCUCUGACUGUCGUGAUAAGAAAGAGGAGGAGCCAAAGACACUGAAGCCAAAGAAGGUGAUCUUCAAGCAGAACUACAUGACUUCUGUGCUGGCGGUGAGACAGAACAACUGGAUGGUUUUCUUCAUCGGGACGGGAGAUGGGCAGCUCAUUAAGCUUGCUGUGGACAAGAAGUACCAGACCACGUGUUCCAGAGUGCUCUACAAAACCAGUGACGACCGCAAAGUGUUUCAGACAUUACAUCUAGAUCAGGUGGAUCUUAAACAUGUGUACGUGCCAUUUCAAAACCAGAUAAAUCGUGUUCCAGUGUCAAAGUGCAGCACUUACAAAACAUUGCAGGACUGUUGGUCUGCGCAGGAUCCAUACUGUGUUUGGUGCGGAUCUGACAAAAGCUGUACGUUUGAAGAUGACUGCAAAGACUCAGACUGGCUGUCCAUUCCUGAUGAUUCUCAACAGAAGAUGGUUUCAUACAAAGUUGCACAGGAAAACACUGGACAGAUCACACUUACCAUCCAGAUGCAUCUGUCGGUGGGCAAGAGUGCACUUUCUAACUUCAUCUGUCAAUUAGAACAUUUUAAAAUGAAAAACCCUGAACUACAAUUCCCACAGUGCACCUUCAUACUUGAAAAUACUACAUUUCCUGCUCAAGGACUGCCUAUUAAACUUAAGGUUGGACUUGGGACGUCAGAACUGUUAGAACGGCUGAACCUUCUCAACUGCACCAAAAUUAGUGGACCACCAACAUCUAAAAAGGCAGACAAACUAGGGAUGAACAUAACAGAGUUGUCUGUGUGGGGCAUUCAUGAAGAAAACCGACACCCCUGCAUCAUGGUGGACCAAGAAACCAAUGAUGAGACUGAGAUUGAAUUUUUCACCUCUUUAAUAGUGAUCAUCUGCUGGAGCGAACAGAAGAAGUUCACCUCGAAGAAUAAGACGGUUGUGGAGGACCUUGAGCUGAGACAAGCGGCUCAGUGCCUGGAGGAGGAUGGAAGAUUUAACUUAAAGGGAGACCUCCGUCACUUCGCCGUGGCGAAUGGCACGGUUUACAUCGCUACUGAGGAGAUGCUGUACCAACUAAACCACGACCUGACUCUGGUCCGGAGUCUGAGCCAGAGAGGAUUCUUGGCACACAUUCCUGGCACAUCUGAGCUAAAGUUAACCCGAUCUUCUGAUAAGGGGAACGUUACGUUCAGUGUCAACGUGUUAUUGCCGCAUGUUGCAGACGAAAAUGUGAUAGUUUGCGGUGUUAUUGAUAAGGGGUGCGGUUAUUGUGAACUGUUGAACUUCAAGAACAUUGCCAAUGUGCUGUACUGGGAAGAAAUCGAAGUAGGUUCUUUGUGGCGCAGCAGUGCGUCCGUGAGCCUCCUGGUGAGUGUGGAGACUCGGACCCGGGCAGAGACUUACAUUCUCACCGCCGUGCAGCAAUACAAGAAAGAGCCGACAAAGACAGGCUGCCCACCUUUGUCAGAUGCAGUGAACCUUUGGAACACGAAUAACAAUCAACCAGGACUAAUAUUUUCUAUUAAUAGCGAAGACAUGGAUCCUGCGAUCACACGGGAAGACGAUGUGGAGUUUGUGGAUGGAUUUCAGAUUAAUUCCAUCAUCUAUCUUUUCUCCAAUCUGCCCUCAAAAGACAGAAACAACAAAGUCCGUCUCCUUUGGCUUGAAGGCAAAGAAGGCAAAUAUCAGACUCUGAAGUCGCUCCGGGGCGCAACUCUCAGAGUCUCUGAUGGAGAGAAAGGACUCAGACUGAUCGCCUCCUCUGUGAUCCCGGGCGGUCCGCCGGUGCUCUGGUGCGGCGUGUUCAGUGUGGACGGAGGACAAACCAACACCGAGCUGGUGCUGUUCGACAUCAGCCCUGACCUCACCAGAGAGCAAGAUAUGGACCAGGACUUCUGCUCUGACUGUCGUGAUAAGCCAGUGGAUGAGCCAAAGACACUGAAGCCGAAGAAGGUGAUCUUCAAGCAGAACUACAUGACUUCUGUGCUGGCGGUGAGACAGAAAAACUGGAUGGUUUUCUUCAUCGGGACGGGAGAUGGGCAGCUCAUUAAGCUUGCUGUGGACAAGAAGUACCAGACCACGUGUUCCAGAGUGCUCUACAAAACCAGUGACGACCGCAAAGUGUUUCAGACAUUACAUCUAGAUCAGGUGGAUCUUAAACAUGUGUACGUGCCAUUUCAAAACCAGUUCGAAGACCGUGAACCAGGCAGAUUCGCAAAUACGCUAUACGCCUACGAGCUGAUCACACUUACCAUCCAGAUGCAUCUGUCGGUGGGCAAGAGUGCACUUUCUAACUUCAUCUGUCAAUUAGAACAUUUUAAAAUGAAAAACCAUGAACUACAAUUCCCGCAGUGCACCUUCAUACUUGAAAAUACUACAUUUCCUGCUCAAGGACUGCCUAUUAAACUUAAGGUUGGACUUGGGACGUCAGAACUGUUAGAACGGCUGAACCUUCUCAACUGCACCAAAAUUAGUGGACCACCAACAUCUGUCUUGUGUCGGCAGUGCAUUGAUGCUGGGUGUAGCUGGACCACAAACGGAUGUUCCUGGGCCAAUAAAGGAGUAGGAAAUGACGGUGUUUGCCAGAUGAUGGAGUCAUGGAUGAACUUCUCAAGACCACAGAUCUCCUCCAUCACUCCCAGUGUUGUGUCCUUCUACGGCAGAAACAAUGCAGUGUUGAAGGGUUUUAACCUCAGUUCUGUGAUCAGAGUGAGGUUCCAGGCAGACUGCACACCACAAGAGUUUCCUGUUUGGGACAACACUGGUGAAAAUCUGACCUUUCACAUUCCCAGUGCAGAAAAUAAAGGAGUAGUCAAAGUAUGCCUUCUCCUCCCAGAUGGCAGUUGCCAUGGCAGCGCCAAAAUCACCUACCGAUCGGCACCAUCCUGCACGAGUAUUUCACCCAAAAGCACUUGGAUAAGUGGAAACCGGAAGAUCAAAUUAAUGGGAUCUCUCCUGGAGCUUGUGGAAGCUAUCAAACACAGCAAAGUCGUGCAGGAAGUCAGACUGCCCAGUAACAACACCUAUCAGGCUCUACAGACUCUCACCUAUGACUCGCCUGCAGCUACAAACGCUUACUCAACUUUUUCGAGCACUUUGUCUCUGAAAGUAGCAAAUGAAACCUUGCCCUGUUCCACAACAAUAACCUACUACCCAGACCCUGAGUUUACAAGCUUCUCUUCUACACUGACAGGGAACAAUGUCCGCAUCACCAUACAGAAAAAGGCAGACAAACUAGGGAUGAACAUAACAGAGUUGUCUGUGUGGGGCAUUCAUGAAGAAAACCGACACCCCUGCAUCAUGGUGGACCAAGAAACCAAUGAUGAGACUGAGAUUGAAUUUUUCACCUGUGAGAUCCGAAACACUCGCAUUGCUACAUUUCAGGAGUUAGAGGUAAAACUUUCAGCCAUACAACACUAAGCAUGACAUUAUUAUGCAAAAAUGAAAUGCAAAUGUUAUUGUAGUAAAUGUAGUUGUACAGAAGACCUCAGAAGAAUAUGUGUUGCCUUUAUGUUCUUUUCAAAUAUGUGUGUGAUUAUUCCUUUAUCC